CCUCGCGCGGCUGGCGGUGGGGGCCGAGCGGGCCGGGCCGGGCGGAGCGGCGGCGGCGGCCCGGCGCGAAGAUGGCGGACGUGCUGAGCGUGCUGCGGCAGUACAACACACAGAAGAAGGAGAUCGUGGUGAAGGGGGACGAGGUGAUCUUCGGCGAGUUCUCCUGGCCCAAGAACGUCAAGACCAACUAUGUUAUCUGGGGGACAGGGAAAGAAGGCCAGCCCAGGGAAUACUACACUUUGGACUCUAUCUUGUUCCUGCUGAAUAAUGUGCACCUUUCACAUCCUGUUUACGUCCGGCGUGCUGCAACUGAAAACAUUCCUGUGGUAAGAAGACCUGACAGAAAAGAUCUACUUGCGUACUUAAAUGGGGAAACAUCAACGUCAUCAAGUAUAGACAGAAGUGCACCACUUGAAAUUGGUCUUCAGCGAUCCACUCAAGUUAAAAGAGCAGCAGAUGAAAUAUUAGCAGAAGCAAAGAAACCAAGAAUAGAGGAUGAAGAGUGUGUGCGUCUUGACAAGGAGCGGCUGGCAGCUCGGUUGGAGGGGCAUAAAGAAGGUAUUGUGCAGACAGAGCAGAUCAGAUCCUUGUCUGAAGCCAUGUCUGUGGAAAAAAUUGCUGCUAUCAAAGCAAAAAUCAUGGCAAAGAAAAGAUCUACAAUCAAGACAGAUCUGGAUGAUGACAUAACUGCUCUUAAACAAAGAAGUUUUGUUGAUGCUGAGGUAGAUGUAACCAGAGACAUUGUCAGCAGGGAGAGAGUAUGGAGGACAAGAACUACAAUUUUACAAAGCACAGGCAAGAACUUUGCCAAGAAUAUUUUUGCAAUUCUUCAGUCAGUAAAAGCCAGAGAAGAAGGUCGUGCACCUGAACAGAGACCUGCACCGAACACAGCACCAGCGGAUCCCACUUUGCGGACUAAGCAGUCUAUUCCAGCUGCCUACAACAGAUACGAUCAGGAAAGAUUUAAAGGAAAGGAAGAGACGGAAGGCUUCAAAAUUGACACUAUGGGAACCUACCAUGGAAUGACUUUGAAGUCUGUAACGGAAGGUGCUUCUGCCCGGAAAACUCAAACCCCAGCAGCACAGCCUGUGCCAAGACCAGUUUCCCAAGCAAGACCACCUCCAAACCAGAAAAAAGGAUCUCGAACUCCCAUAAUCAUUAUUCCAGCAGCUACAACUUCUUUAAUAACUAUGCUUAAUGCAAAAGACCUUCUGCAGGAUUUAAAGUUUGUACCAUCCGAUGAAAAGAAAAAACAAGGCUGUCAACGAGAAAAUGAAACUUUAAUACAGAGAAGGAAGGACCAGAUGCAGCCUGGGGGCACAACAGUCAGCGUUACUGUACCUUAUCGAGUGGUAGACCAGCCUCUGAAACUUAUGCCGCAAGAUUGGGAUCGUGUAGUCGCUGUGUUUGUGCAGGGUCCUGCUUGGCAGUUUAAAGGCUGGCCAUGGCUAUUGUCCGAUGGAUCGCCUGUUGAUAUUUUUGCAAAAAUUAAAGCUUUCCAUCUCAAGUAUGAUGAAGUACGUCUAGAUCCAAAUGUACAGAAAUGGGAUGUGACAGUAUUAGAAUUAAGCUAUCACAAACGGCACUUGGACAGACCAGUAUUCCUACGUUUCUGGGAAACUUUGGACAGGUACAUGGUAAAGCACAAAUCCCAUUUGAGAUUCUGAAUCCUCUGGCUGCCAUUCAUUUCGUGGAGUGUGAUUGAGAAAUAUGAAAGAUGCUCCAAUCUGGAGACUAAGGCUCUCACUGUAUGCAUUUGUCAGGAACUUUACAAAUGAAGAAAGGGUCACAGUUUAAUCUUUUAUAAGAUCUUGUUUGGAUGCUUCGUGCUAUGGCAGGUUGAUACCUGCUGUUAUUACAAGCAAAAGUGUUUUGCUUAAAACUAUUUUUUUAAUAAUGUUAGCCUUCUAGCCUGCAAAUCAAAUUGUAUAUUUUGAUAGCAGCAGUUUCUUCCCCAUUUUGUUAAGUUAGCAAAAUUUUUAAACAGUAUGUUUUUGUUCCUCAUUAGAAAAUAGGUCGAUCUUCACUGAAGGUUAGAGUGUUUGUGUGUGUGUGUGUGUGUGUGUGUGUGUGUAUAUAUAUAUAUAUAUAGAUAGAUAGAUAGAUAGAUGUUAUGAGGCUUUCAAAAUGACUUUGCUUCUGAGUUUAGCUCUGGUUUCCUUUGCUUUAUUGUUUCACUUACUGAAAAUAUUUUGUUGUGAAUGGUAUUAUGUUUUAGUCUACAGGACUUGCAAAACUAAGCAAAGUGACAAUUGUUUUGGAUAAAUCAAAAUGUCAACCUGUAUAUGUACUGUAUAUUCUGUUUUGUUGAAAAAGGGAUGAUGAAAAAUCAAGAACCACUUCUUUGGGCUUAUAAUAUUCCAGUUUAACAAAUCUUUAAACUUUAUUACAAAUAUAUUCAAAUAGUGUUAACACAAAGUGUCCAUCCUCCACACAGAUCCUUUAAUUUAAAAUUUAAAGUGUGUAUGUGUACACUACCACCUGUCAAAUACUUUAUAUAUGAGAGUCCAAACAUUGUAUAGACUAAACAAUAAAUAGAACGAGGGAGAGUUUGCUUUUUUUAAGUCACCACACAGAAUUAAUACUUUUAAUGCCAGUACAUUAGAUAACCUCUAAUGUUUUUCCCUUAUGACAAAAGUAGCCCAAACCUUGUCUCCAGGAGUUGCCAUUUUCUGAUCUGAGCAGCUAAUGUAGCCUUCCAGCAGUACUGCACUUGUACUCAAAAUAAACCGACUCCAGUUACCAAAGAACACGUUUGCUUGAUCUAGAUUAUGAGCAUCACUAAGGCAAGAAAACACUGGUAUUUGUAUGAGUUUAUGGUAACUACUUACUUUAUGACAUAAUUUAAUAUAGUAUACCAGUUGAUAUAAUAGAAUGAUUAAAUACUAUAACAUACAUAUGGACUUUUCUGGGGUAGAAAAAAAUGUGCUUAUAUUUCUGCUCUUAAAUUCCGAACCAUGUUUCUUAUGCUUUGCAUUUGAGGUUUGACAAAAGUAAAAUAUUCUACAUAUUCAUUUUCUUUUGCUUUUAUUUCACAUUUUAUCUUCAUUUUUUAAUAUAACUGGAAGCAUAGCUCCUACAGAAGUUUUAGAACCAUACUGGCAUACCAGGGCUCUGAGGUCCCAAUGGCUUUGGUGAUACUUAACAUUUUCAUCUCAACUGUACUAAAACUACAAUUUUUAAAUUUAAAAGUAGGAAAAAUAAAAAUCUCCCAAUUAAAAUUUUUUCAUAGCAGUUAAAAUCCACAUCAGUAGCACUAAGAGUGGAGUUUUGAAUGGAUAUCACAAAAUCACUGAGAAGAGCAAACAAUUAAAGACUGUAAAAUAAUGAAAUAAAAUCCUUUUUAGAAAGUUCCUUUAACUGGUUUAAGAGGUUUGAUCAGAUCCAGGUCACUGACUCUCCCACUAAUUCUGUUUCACAGAAUUAACCAGAAUUUUCCUUUCUUUGUAUCUCUUAACCUUGGAUAAAACUAGGGAACAAUUGUCUUUAGCACAGCACUUUUACUGUGAAGAAAUGAUCAAUACAAUUUGGGGUUUCAUACUGCUGAAGUUCUGGGCAUCUAAUAUUUCUGUUUCUGCUGCUCAGAAAUAGGAAAUUUUUUAGAGUUAGUCAGUACUAUGUAUGCAGGCAACGUACUUAGUUUUUAAAAGACUACUAUAAUGGGCAGCUGCAACUUUUCCCACGAGGUUUUGGUAUGUACAUGUACUGCUCACAUGCAUUAUAAUUUACAGAUUAUACUGUGUUUUUUUUAAAUAAGCAAAGUCCAAUUGACAUUCUCUUCUCCAUCCUCUGUUUGUUGUGUUGUGUGUUAAAAGCACAUGGUGCUACAGCUCAUCAGUCAGUCUCAGACCCUGCAAUGCUCAAGCUCAAUGUGGCACACUGGAAGACAGCCUGAUUCUGAUUUCACUUACACUGGUGUACGUCCAUUGGAGUCAGUGGAGUGAUGCAGGUGUGAAACUGGCAGGAGAGCAGAAUGUGUGAAAUCUGUUGGUUGAACUGUACCAUUUUUUGUGGAUUCAAAGCCAGACUUUUAAGCUUUUGGAAUUUUCUAUUUGCAAUAUAAUUUGUGAUUACGAUCUAAAACAUAUUUAUGAAGGAGAUGGCACUUUUAUGUCUCUUCAUUCAUGAAGGUAGUGAGGUAUUUAUCUAAGUCAUUGUGCAAUUAGUUCCCAUUGACUUCAGUGGGAGUUGGAUAAAGUCCUCACAGAAUAGCUUUCCUGCUGUCUUUCUAUAUAUACAUUUAUACACACAUUAUGAAACUACUUGGACUUAAAGUUUACCCAUACAGCAUCAUUUUACAACAGAUCAGGUGUUUGAGAUCACCUUAUGCUUAAUUUAUCUACAAAUUAAUGAAGUGUAAGGAAAACUGGUACCAGAACUGGAGAAGCUGUACUAUCUGCCAUUUAAGUGAGCUGCAUUCCUAUUGGUAAGCAGUUUUAAGAGCUUGCAGUGCUGAGACGUGUACAAAUUGUGUAAACUGUAUUGAAAAUUAAAAUGUAUAAGUGAGAAUGUGAGCUAUUUUACUGACUGUCGUUUUACAUAAAAGUUAAAUGACACAAGCAGUAUAGGGUUCAAAUAUCAAAUUGACUGUUUCCUCUCUAUUCUAGUACUGUUUUAAUAAUCAAAACUGCUUUGAAAUAUCUAAACAAUAACACCUCUACUAUCAUUGUUUAAAAAGUACUAAAGCAAGAUGGAAACUGGCUUACAGUGUGAUAUUCGGGGUUCCAUACUGCCAGGGUUUAAAAAAAAUUACAGCAAUAUUAUAGCUGCCAAUAGGGAUCUUUUGAAAUACCAAUUUAUAUUAAAAAUAUUACUGCUUAUAAUUUAUACAAAGCAAGAACUGUCUGUACACUACUUGAGCUUUCUGAACACUGCACUGAACAAAGUGGCAGAAGCAGAUUUCUUAAGUAAAUACAGAGGUAAUUUCUUUUUAAAUGGACUUGUAUACCUGAAGAAAUAACGGAGCAGCACCUUCAACUGAAUAGGCUUAACUACUAUAUAGUUAUUGGCAGGGAAUUUUUUCUAUCAAGAUAAUUCUACAAGGAUAUGCUAAAAGCCAGUGCUUGAGCUACAUGAUUUAUAGAACUAUUCUACAAUACUGUAAACUUCUUAUUUUUGAAUACAGAUAAGGAGUAAUAUGUGGGAAGUGUACUAUGUAUUAAGUUCAUAAAGGAGCUGAACCUAUGAUCAAGGAUAAUGUGAUAUUUGAUGUCAGAUAAAUGUUUAUCUGAACAGCACAUUUGUUUUUGGCUUUCAUUCUGUGUUCAAUCACUGUAUAAAAUAUUACUGUUCUCUUCAAUGACUUUCAAAAAUAAGUUUUAUUGUUCUAACUUUUCAUUCUCAUACCCAAUCAAAUAUGCACUUAGUUGCUAAUACUUGCUAACACUGUACAAAAAUAAGCUAGUCAAAAUUAAUGGAUGGUGGGUUUAAAAUUUAAUGUUGUGAGGCUGUGCUCAUUUUAAUUCAAAAGCCAUAACUAAUGCCAAGUUCUUUAUUAAACCAAUGUGUUCAUGAAAAAUUAAAAAUCCCUGCCUGAAGAAAUUGUUGGCCUAACAGGUUAAAGUUCACCUGGAAUGCUAAAAGAAAUCAUUUGUGGAAAAAUGUGCCAUAUAGAUUGGAUUCUGUGAAUAUCAAAUUGUAGCUCUCUAAAUUAUGUAGCACCAGUUUUUUAAGGUGCUAUGGUCCUGUCAGUUUCAUUUGUCUGGACGAAUACAUGCUUCAUUAGAAAUUGUAAGUACACAUUUAUCUUUUUGGUUUGCUGUGCAGUCUUUUCUUUACCCGAAGACCUUUAACCUUGUAUGUAAAUCCUGAGGUAAUAAGGAGUGGAAGGAAAUCAUUUAAAAUGUGAAGAGGUUGGAGUGAAGCGCCUUCCUUUUGGCAGUGUAAGUAUGGUGUGCUGAGUCCAACAAUCCUCUGCUUGGUGCCAGUGAGUAUAGAGAAUACUGCAAUGUAACUUGUAUGGGAGGGCUGCUGUUGACUUCCAUUUUUCUCUCUGCUGGUGAGAAAUAUAAUUGCUGUAAACUGAGAGAAAAUGGUUAUUUAUUGAAGUAGAACACAUUUUGGUAAGAAGCAAAUGUUGACAGGCAGUGUUUCUAAGUUGACUUCAUUGCAUUCAUUUUUCUUUAAACAGAAGUUGUUUUAAGAUUUGUAAAUGAGUGCAGAUCCAAAGAAUAUUCUCAAAUGUU